CUUUCAUUCAAACUUUGGGGAGUCUGGUUCUGGCGUCAGCGAAGGUGUGACCAAUCAGAGUCCGGGAACGGGAAUAAAUUAUGCAAAUCACCAUCUGGCGAUGGAUCAGAUGACUCCCAAUACUUUUAAAAAGUACCUCGCCGGGAGCUCGCUGGGUGACAGUGGCGAGCCCUGGCUUCCUGGGCUGGCGCACGAGAGAGGGCAGAUCUGGUUCUGGUUCAAGCCCCUUCACAUUCCCCCCACCAUCCGGCGGCUGAGUUUAGCCGAGUUUUCAUCUUACCCCUUCUCCACCUUCAGCUGUCUAAGGCCACCGCGCUCUCUGCUGGAGAGAGGGCUGCCCACUUGGGGUCUUACAGGCUUGGCCCGCUGGAAACUUCGAGAGGUGUUUUUGUCUUCUUCUUCUUUUUUUUUUUUAGUCUUUUUAAAAGUCCCAUUUUGGAGAAGGGGGUGCGGGGAGGGGGCGGUGAGGAUGAGAAACACCGUUCUUCAGUUCUGCCUGUGGAGCGCCUAUUGUUGCUUUGCCACGGGAGACCCCACACCCCGUGGUCCGGAGGGACGGCUGCAAGAUGAGUUCGACAAAUCCAGGGUGGUACCAACUGCCUCCAAACCCCCUGUGAGAUUUAACCUCCGCACCUCGGAGGACCCAGAGCAUGAAGGAUGCGAUCUCUCCCUUGGCCACAGCCAGCCCUUAGAGGACUGUGGCUUCAACGUGACAGCCAAGACCUUUUUCAUCAUUCACGGAUGGACGAUGAGCGGCAUGUUUGAAAACUGGCUGUACAAACUGGUGUCAGCCCUGCAGACGAGAGAGAAAGGAUCCAACGUCGUGGUGGUGGACUGGCUCCCGCUGGCUCACCAGCUUUACAUAGAUGCGGUCAAUAACACAAGGCAUGUGGGACUCAGCAUCGCCAAGAUGCUCGACUGGCUGCAGGGGAAGGAGGACUUUUCUCUCGGGAAUGUUCACUUGAUCGGCUACAGCCUCGGAGCUCACGUGGCCGGGUACGCGGGCAACUUCGUGGAAGGCACGGUGGGCAGAAUCACGGGUUUGGAUCCUGCUGGGCCCUUGUUUGAAGGGGCGGACAUCCACAAGAGGCUGUCUCCUGACGACGCAGACUUCGUGGAUGUCCUGCAUACCUACACGCGUUCCUUUGGCUUGAGCAUCGGCAUUCAGAUGCCUGUAGGUCAUAUUGACAUCUACCCCAAUGGGGGUGACUUCCAGCCGGGCUGUGGACUCAACGAUGUCUUGGGGUCGAUUGCAUAUGGAACGAUCGCAGAGGUGCUGAAAUGUGAGCACGAGCGGGCAGUACACCUUUUUGUCGACUCUCUGGUGAAUCAGGACAAGCCAAGCUUUGCAUUCCAGUGCACGGACUCCAACCGCUUCAAAAAGGGAAUCUGUCUCAGUUGCCGGAAGAACCGUUGUAAUAGCAUUGGCUACAAUGCGAAGAAAACAAGGAACAAGAGGAACAGCAAAAUGUACCUAAAAACCCGGGCGGGCAUGCCUUUCAGAGUUUAUCAUUAUCAGAUGAAAAUCCAUGUCUUCAGCUACAAGAACUCGGGAGAAAUGGAACCCACCUUUUAUGUCACCCUUUAUGGCACCAAUGCCGAAUCCCAGGUUCUGCCUUUGGAAAUGGUGGAGCAGAUCGGGCUGAAUGCCACCAACACCUUCCUGGUCUACACCGAGGAGGACUUGGGAGACCUCCUGAAGAUCAAACUUACGUGGGAGGGCAAGUCUCAGUCCUGGUACAACCUGUGGAAGGAGCUUCGCAGCUACCUGACUCAGCCUCGCAGCUCCAAGCAGGAGCUGCAUGUCAGACGCAUCCGGGUCAAGUCUGGGGAAACGCAGCGGAGAUUGACUUUUUGUGCAGAAGAUCUUGAGAACACUCUUAUAUCGCCUGGCCAAGAGCUCUGGUUUCACAAGUGUCGGGAUGGCUGGAGAAUGAAAAAUGAAACCAGUCCAACUGUGGAGCAUCUCUGAGGGCCCGCCACCCACCCGACUUCCAAGCACGUGGAGGGACGUUACAGCAGAAGAGCCGCCUGAUGGUAGGACCCGGCUUGGCCCUGUCCCUGGAGCCCUGGGAGGAGCCCGCCCGCGGGGCCAGCUCUGUGCCUCCCGGGAAGGCUGGGGCUUCUCACCGGAGGGGACCGCACACCGCCCUGUCUGCUGGCCCCGCUGCUGCUCUUGGACUGCUCUCUCUCCAGGUCUGUGAGCAGAGGGCCGGUGCCCCAACCUCUGCGCCCACCAGGCUGGUUUCUCAGUGACUGCAUGAGCCUGUGUUUCGCCUGAUGAGGGUCACGGGCUCUGAGCAUCUCUGUGUGGAAGGCUGUCCGCUGCCUGACCUCAGCCUGACUUGAGUGAGAGGUCUUUCUGCUGGAAGCUGGCUGGUGUCAGGACCUGGGACCUUGUUCGCUGAGGGAGGGGAGAGUAGGUCUGGGAGCUGCAGAGCCUCUCACUCUUGGGGUUUGAUGGGUAACUAGUCACAUGUCCCAGUUAUAUUUUAUUCCGUCCUGCUCCCCAGCUUCCUUCCUAAAGCACACAUCAUUGGCAUUCUUAUUUUUUCCAUUGCUCAUUUUUUAACUGGACAAAUAUUUGCUAAGCACUGAUAGUUAGCAAGUGGCAAUAGACACCUUAGUAAAUUUCUGCAGAGCCUCUCCUCAUUUGAAGCCUAAUGGGUUUGGGAUGUCUAGACUUCCUUCCAGUUUAGAUGAUCCAUGACUACGCACGAGGGGCACUGAGGGUUUAUAGGAUCUAAGAGUUGGGGACCCUGAGGCUUCAAGUGGUUUCUACCUAUUUCUUCUUCAUGGACAUGCAUCCUCCUUCAGAGUGACAUCUUUGGUCACCAGCAGAGUGUCACCAUGUGUCUUGGGGACAGAAUGGUGACCAAUUGCUGGAUACGAUUGGCAAAAUCUCUUCUGUGUAGGAAGAUGGGAAGGGAUUACACAUGUCUGUUCAUAUGCAGACCAGCACACAGCAGAUGCCAAGAUGUGAUUAAUGCCAUCCUUGUUCCUUCUUGAAUUAUCUGGUCCAAACACCAAGUUCGGCCCUUUCUGUGCCGAACUUCUUUGAAAAGCCCCCACUUCUAGAUCUUGAUCUGAAUGAAUAUACAUGAUAUCUGAGGAACCCUUUUGUAAUUUUCAAAAGAUUUAAACAUGCAUGACUUAAUUACAGACUCAUAACAGAAGGUGAGCAGGGCAGCUACUAUUAUCUCUAUGUUACAAAACCAAGGCUUAGCGAGGUUCAGCCACGGGCCUAGAAUUAUAUAUCAGGUUGAUAGUGGAGCCCGGUGAAGACCCAGACUUCCUGGAGCCAAAGCCUGUGGUAUGCACAUCUCUACAACUUCACCAGUUUUCCUACAGCCAUUUCCUACCAACAUGCCCCAGACAUGACAAGGAAGGUUUUUCAGAGCCAUCCAUGAAACCCUAAACCCUUUUAUUAAUAGAGAACUGGGAGGACAACUGUGCCAAGCGGUUGGGAUUUUUAUGGAUGAAUAUUAUUUGGAAGGCGUUGUGAUGGCAGGUGGGGUUGGGGGGAGAGCUAUUUUCUCUGUAAUUAGGUUUUUAAGUGUUAGUGUUAGUUGCUGAGUCGUGUCCGACUCUUUGUGACUCCAUGGACUGUAGCCCGCCAGGCUCCUCUGUCCAUGGGAUUCUCCAGGCAAGAAUACUGGAGUGGGUU